AUGCUCCAAUCAGCCUUCGGCUUCGUGGCCGGCUAUGCAUGUAGGGCCCAAUGCGGCUCCUUCCCCUGCGCGGCCAGCUGCAAAGGGGCUGCCAACUCGCGUCCGUUUAAGUUGAGCAUUGUCAUACACAGCGCCGCGGUGGAAAAGAUUGGAGGGCCCGGACUGGUACAGGACCAGCGGCCAUACAUCACCAUCCGAAUUAAUGACAAGCAGAAGGAAACGGAACUGGGAGACUGGAGCGCGGAGAAGGAGCAGUGGUGUUUUCGAGAGGUGAUUACCCUGGAGGUCGUCCCCACCGACGAGGUGUUCAUUGCUGUCUCCAGCAGCACAAAGUACGAUUUUUGGCUGGCAUCUGUACAACUCACCAGCACGAAGAUCGGAGAGGCCUGCUUUCCGGUCUUCUCGGUUCUCCCUCGACUGAAGCAGGAGGAUCGUGAUGAAGAUGGUAUCAUUUGGUCCUCUCCUAUCAUCCCUUUUGACGUGAGGGACGAGGGCAUAACUUCUGCACGUACCUACAUCUCCUUCGAGACCUCGCAGGCACCUGGAAAUCCGCGUUGUCAUAAACUCUCCGAAGGAUGCUGUCAGAUGUCCCGAAAGUGGGACUCUGCCGACGACGACGGCCCCUACGACAGCAGUCCAAGCACACGUGAGAGUGAGUAG